AUGUCUAUAAGGUGGCCUCUCCUCCGCAACCCCCUCCCUCUUCCCCUUCCUCUCCCCUCCAAAUACAACUCAUCAAUUAAGGUUGGAACUUCAAAACCUCAUCAAUCGAAACCCGCAAACAUGUUCAGUUUUAGCCGACUUGUGGCUACCAUUGCCCUGUUCUUCGGAAUCGGUCUGGUCCUCUUUUCCCAGACGGCCGAGGCCGCCAAGGGCCCCAAGAUCACCAACAAGGUCUACUUUGACAUUCAGCAUGGUGACGAGCCCAUCGGCCGCAUUGUCAUGGGUCUCUACGGCAAGACUGUCCCCGAGACGGCCGAGAACUUCCGUGCCCUGGCUACUGGCGAGAAGGGCUUCGGCUACGAGGGAUCUACCUUCCACCGCGUCAUCAAAGACUUCAUGAUUCAGGGUGGUGACUUUACCAACCACGACGGCACUGGUGGAAAGUCCAUCUACGGCAACAAGUUCAAGGAUGAGAACUUCAAGCUCAAGCACACGAAGAAGGGUCUCCUCUCCAUGGCCAACGCCGGUCGCGACACCAACGGCUCUCAGUUCUUCAUCACCACCGUCGUCACCUCGUGGCUCGAUGGCCGCCACGUCGUUUUCGGUGAAGUUCUCGAGGGCUACGACGUCGUCGACAAGAUCCAGAACUUCAAGACGGCCCGCGGCGACAAGCCGGCCGAGACCGUCAAGAUUGUCAAGAGUGGCGAGCUUGAGACGCCCCCCGAAGGUAUCCACGUGGAGCUGUAA